AAAGCACACAGAUAUCCUAAUUUCCAUAUCGAGUGUGAGUGUGUCUGGAGCGCAGCCAAUCAGCCAGCGAAGGGCAGCGAGAGUCGUAAAAGCAUUAUCCUCCCUCCAUCAUAAUUAGACUGACAUGCGCAAUCUGCACACGGACAUCAGCACCAUUUCACCGAGCCCGCUCCCACCGGAGGCUCCCUGUGUCUGCCCGUAGAUGCUGCGGGGGAAAGUCAGCACUGAGCCGCACAGAGACAGACACACAGAGAGACAGGCACGGAGACACAGAGACACGGAGACAGACAGCAACAUGUCCCGGCGCAAACAAGCCAAGCCGCAGCAGCUCAGGACUGAUGGUGACGCAGCGCAGAGCGGACUCACCCGCAGAGACGGCAUCUUGGAAGUCACGGGGAGAGAGGAGAGUAAUGGAAGCUGCCAGAGCAGUGAGGAAACACACGUCUGUGACAAAUGCUGUGCUGAGUUCUUCACUUGGACUGAACUGAGUGAACAUCAGAAAGUCUGCACUGAGGACUCCUUGGUGCUGAUAGUUAAGGACAAUGAGGUUCACGAGGAAUCUCCCGCGGGACCCUCGCCAAUUCCGAGUGUAGCGUCCAGCAGCGACUCUUCCCCGGAAGAGUCCACUGACGCCGGCUUUGAUCUGGGAGAGACGCUGGUGAAUGAGGACAGUCUGGAUAACAUGGAUGAGGACGAAGCCAUGGAGCUUGAUCCUCACCCACAGGAGAAACACACUAUGACCUCCAGCCGUCGGCUUCCACACUCAGCUGAGUCCACUUCCCCUCAGAUGUCAGCUGCAGCUGACAGCUACAGCAUGCCCAGCACCAAUGUGACGCUGGAGAUCCUCCACAGCACCAGAGUGGCCGUGGCUCAGUUCUCCCAGGGGAUCAACGGCAGCGGUGCAGGAGGGAAGGCGGCGUCAGCGGCCAUCCCCAUGAUCCUGGAGCACCUGCUGGCUCUGCAGCAGCAACAGGUCCACCAGCUGCAGCUAAUUGAGCAGAUCUGCAGUCAGGUAGCGACGAUAAACAGACACCCAACACAAGCUGCGUUAAACCCCGCCUCCAGAUCCCUGUCUCUGGCAUCGAACCCUUUCCCCUCUCAAGGAAUCGUCACUCCUCCCAUCCUGCCUCUGUCCGGAACAAUGCCGUCCAGCGUUAAUGGACAGGCUGCUGUUUCUUUGUCGUCCGUGCUUGAAAAGUCUCAAACUGUCCCCUCGCAGACUGUUGUUGGGAAGUCCGACUUUAAAGACUUUACGUGUACCUCAGCUUCCUUGGACAAUUCAACCCCAUCUCUCUCAAACAGCAGCAACAGCAGCAGCAGAAGCAGCAGCAUUUCCAUGUUACUGCCUCCUUUCACCAGCUCGCAAAGUAACAGCAUCAGCUGCACUCAGACACUGAGCUCUUCCACCAGCCCGCUGUCCCUGGGGCAGAGCAACCUCCUUAGCUCGUCCUCCAGCCUGCCAUUUCUACCUCAGAGCCCCCCCAGCAGUGUCAUUUUCCCCAACCCGUUAGCUAGCAUCGCUGCCACAGCUAAUGCACUUGACCCGCUUGCCGCCCUGAUGAAGCACAGGAAAGGGAAACUGUCCAACGUGUCCCUAUUUGAAACGAAGCCCAGCCCGGAGGAGCCCUUCUUCAAGCAUAAAUGCAGGUUCUGUGCCAAAGUGUUUGGCAGUGACAGCGCUCUGCAGAUCCACCUGCGGUCCCAUACAGGAGAGCGGCCCUUCAAAUGCAACAUCUGCGGCAAUCGUUUCUCCACAAAGGGGAACUUAAAGGUGCACUUCCAGAGGCAUAAAGAGAAGUAUCCUCAUGUUCAGAUGAACCCCUACCCGGUGCCAGAAUAUCUAGACAAUGUGCCAACAACUUCUGGGAUUCCCUAUGGAAUGUCCCUCCCUCCAGAAAAACCUGUCACCUCGUGGCUGGAGAGCAAAACAGGUGUAGCUACUCUGCCGUCCACCAUGGGUCUUCCUCUGUCCUCCACUAUUACCAGUGUCGGAGGCUCAAAUGACCUUGUAAGUGUAACAACAUCCGUUAAGUCUCCCUACCAGCCAUCUCCUGGUGAAUGUGUGUCUUUGUCUCCUAACCACAGAGGCAGUGAGGCUCAUUUCUCUCCUGUUUCAGAGUCGGCACCGUCUAACCUUGAGACAGAAGCAUCCAAUAUACUGAAAACAGAGGGAGUUCACCUGCCCCAAAACUGUGCAAUGAGGCUGAGAGCCACCUCAGAAACAGACACAGCUCACGCUACUAUCCCAUCUACGGCCACCACACCCGAACCCACCGCCUCAUCAUCCCCUGUCCCCAACUCUCCGCCAAUCCCGUUCAACUCAGAUGAAACAAACUUUCAGUCAGAUGGCCUCCUGGAUUCUAUGCAAACAUCGGAAACCUCGAAGCUUCAGCAGCUGGUGGAGAAUAUCGACAAAAAGAUCACAGACCCCAACCAGUGCGUGCUCUGUCACCGUGUCCUCAGCUGUCAGAGUGCACUGAAGAUGCACUAUCGCAUUCACACGGGGGAGAGGCCCUUUAAAUGCAAAGUGUGCGGCAGGGCCUUCACCACCAAAGGGAACCUGAAGACGCACAUCGGCGUUCACAGAGAGAAUCCUCCGGUUCAGGUGCAGCACUCGUGUCCAAUUUGCCAGAAGAAGUUCACCAACGCCGUUGUUCUUCAGCAGCACAUCCGCAUGCACAUGGUCGGACAGAUUCCAGACUCAACCCUCGUGGACGGGCUGCAGGACAUGGACAGCGACGUGUCUGUCAACGGGACCAACUUUGACAGCCUCAGCAGCAGCGGCAACGACUUCAAUGAUGACAUUUCAAUGGAGGACGAUAACGAGGAAGAGGAGGAAAGUAUGAAAGAAGAUGCCAGUCUCUAUAAACCUUUGAUCUCGGAAUGUAAUUCUCCUCCUAAGUCCUACAACAUUGUUUCAAGCAUAGCAGCUCUGGAGAACCAAAUGAGGAUGAUUGACUCGACUGUAAGCCUAAACCACUUGUUCACCAUAAAACCCCUUACAAAUGGUUUUAUCAAUAACAGCCAGCUCAACAUUAAAAGUGCUUUAUCAGAGAAAAGGGUUGUCAACGGCCCAAACGUGUCCGAAUCCUCCUGUUUACCUCACGCAUCCACGUCUCCCCGUCGAAGCAGUUCAGAGAAUGUGACGAUCAAGUCACCUGCAGUGAAACACAACAGACCGGAAUCCCAGGAGGCUUUGGCAGCAUCAGUGAAGAGAGAGCAACCUGAGUCUCCCACGUCAGCAGCCGCAGCGGCCCAGGAGCAGAGAGGAACACAAGCCAGCAAACUGUGUGUGAAAGAGGAGACAUCUUACAGUUUGUCCUUUCAGCUGAGCAGAGACAGAGGUCAAAACAUCCCCAGCCUGGUCACCAGCACGUCGCCGGCCAGUAUCGUAAAAACUGAGGUGAACGGCCACAGUCACCCGAGCAACACACACGAGGGCCAGCACGCGCCGUUUACCGUCCACAUCCCUCCAGCUUAUCCGUCAGUCGUCAGCCCGGCGAUGACGUCGCUGCUCAGCCCCGCGCCGCUGCCACGACGGACGGCGAGGCAGCACAACUGCAACGUGUGUGGGAAGAACUUCUCGUCGGCCAGUGCGCUGCAGAUUCACGAGCGCACGCACACUGGGGAGAAGCCGUUUGUCUGCUCCAUCUGUGGCAGAGCUUUCACCACCAAAGGCAAUCUGAAGGUUCACAUGGGGACUCACAUGUGGAACAACGCACCAGCGAGGCGAGGCAGGCGACUGUCAGUGGAGAACCCCAUGGCCCUGCUAGGUGGAGAGGCGGCCAAGUUUGGGGAGAUGUUCCAGAAGGACCUGGCGGCUCGAGCCAUGAAUGUAGACCCUGGAUUUUGGAACCGCUACGCGACAGCUAUCACUAACAGUCUGGCCAUGAAGAACAACGAGAUCUCAGUGAUUCAGAACAGAGGCCUCGCUCAGCUUCACCCUCUGACUGCAGGCAUGGACAGAGUGAGCGCCGCAGGAAGUCCCAUACCCAGUCUGACCAAGACAGGCAUGGACAGACAUUUUUCUAUGCUGAUUGAUGACAGCAAAGAAAUUGGGAUCAACUGAACAAAAAAAGCUAAAUGUCGAUUAAAAAAAAACAAAAAACAAAACAAAAAACACUUAUGCAAACUAUUGUGGACGUUAAAAUAUUUGUAAAACGACUCGUUUGUUCUAAUGUAUUAUAUAGACUUAAAAAUUAAGUUUUUAUCAAUUCACAUUUUGCUAUUUUUUCCUUUGCAGUCAUUUGUGAAUGUUUUUUUUUUCUAUAAAUGAGGAAUUCCUACGGUGCUCAGAUGUAUGGAGGCUCCAAAAAAAGAAGGGAACGUGUGUUCACAUCAAUAAUGCGAAGGGACCGUCAUCUCCUGAGGACAGCUGCCCAGUGCUGCUGCUAGAGCUGGUGCAAAGCACAAACGUAUGCUCCUGAAACGUAACCACAACUACACACUGCAAUGGUCUGUUGUCAAUGUUAUGGAGCGAAAUUGUUAUUCUUGAAACAACAACAGUUGGACUGAAUAAAAAAAUAGAAAAAGAAACUUACUGUAUGUCUACUUCACUUCCUCA